AUGCUCGAGCACAACAUCGUCACGCACUGGCUAGUCAAGGUCUUCUCGGGCACCGCCAACUCGGCCUGGCACGGCACCGUCCUCGUCACCUUCAUCUUUGCGCUCAGCGGCAGCAAUGCCGCGGCUGGCGUCGCCGAGGCCGCUCAGAACACCGCCGCUCUCGCCGCCUCGCUGCCCCUCGGCACCCUCGCCGAUCGCUGGAGCGCAGCCCGCACCGUCUGCGGCGGCGGUGCGUUCGUGCUCGUCGCCACGGCCACCACCUCUCUCGCGGCUGUCGGUGGCGCCGCGGCUGUGUCUGAGUCGGGACGCGGCCGCGCAUACGCCCUCCUCGUCGUCGCGAUGGCGCUGUGGGGUGUGGUCAACGCGACGAUCGACGGCCCGGCACAGGCCCUGUACGCAAGCUCGAUGCGCCGCGCCGACCGGACCCGACUGAUGACUCGCGCCUUCCAGCUGUACACGAUGGCGGCGGUGGCGGGCCGCGGCCUCUCGGCGGCGGUAUUUUGGGCGCACGGGGACGCGUGGUCGCUCCCAGCGCUGCGCGACGCGAUCCUGGUCGGGGUGGGGUGCGAGGUCCUGGCGGGAGGAGCACAGCUGCCGCUGCCGGAGGCCUGCAGGAUGAUGCUACUGGCACACAGGAUACGAGAUUGUGUCAUGUAG